CUCAUCCGGGUGUUUACAGUUCCCGAUUGGCGACCCGUCGCCAUAAGUCAGACUUUAUUUUGCUAAGGGAAAAUUGGGUUAAAACCCACUAGUUUACCCGCUUUUCCACUUUGGAGAGCGGUUAACGCAUUGUGGGGCGCGACAUUUCCCACGCCAAGGAAAAACGAGACUUUUCAAGGGGCGAGGCCCCGUUUUUUGGGCACUUGUUUUUGUGUUAACGCAUAGCUUUUUUUACUGAGACAUUUGGAUUGUGUCUCUUUUUUUUCUCGGUUUGUUUGUGGUCAAGAUGUCGCCGUAAUGGGGUCUCCGCGUUUGACAGAAAUGAAUAAGGGCCUUGGUCGCCUGACCCGCGUUUUCAACAGUCCGUUUUUUGUCACGUUUAAUGCUAGAGAGCACCGCGGCUCUCUCCCCGGAAUUCGGCCUCAACAUGGAGAAAAAUCCAAAUGCGAACAACAGCAGCAACACGAAGAUCCCGCCCCGUUCUGGUUCAACAGGCCCGACUCCUGCAGACUCUAAAACCAAAACAGAUAGUAAGAAUAAUGGGGGCUCAAAGCGCUACAACCGCAAGCGUGAGCCCGCUUUUCCCAAGGCUGAGAGUUUUCCGGGCCCACGGCGCUCCCAGCCACAUAAAAGCAAGAAUUUUGACAAGAGACCCCCUCAGAGAGGUGGCGGUGGGGGCCGACAGUAUGGACUCGCUGGUGGUGGGAGAAGAGAAGAGGUAGCAGAAAACCACCGGGCAGAGUUUAGCCCGGCUCAGUUUGCUGGACCCAAAAAGAUAAGUCUGAACCACCUGCUCAACUUCACGUUUGAGCCACGUGGAGGCCAUUUUGGCUCUGGAGGAGAUGGCCAUUCCUGCUGGGGUCGCCGCAAUAAGUGGGGUCACAAACACAAGCCCUUCAAUAAGGAGCUUUUCCUACAGGCCAAUUGCCAGUUUGUGGUGAUUGAAGAUCAGGACUAUCAAGCCCACUUCACUGAUCCUGACAGUCUGGUGGACUGGGACCAUGUGCAGCAAGUGCGCAUCUACAGCCAUGAGGUCCCAUCGUGUCCGAUCUGCCUGUAUCCCCCUGUGGCGGCCCACAUGACGCGUUGUGGCCACAUCUACUGUUGGCCGUGUAUGCUGCACUACCUCUCUCUGAGUGAGAAGAGUUGGUCAAAGUGCCCCAUUUGCUAUGAGGCCGUGCACAGCACUGACCUAAAGAGUGUGGUUGCCAUGGAGACCCAUCAGUACGUGACUGGUGAUGUCAUCACCAUGCGUCUGAUGCGGAGAGAGAAAGGAUCACUGGUGGCUCUUCCUAGCUCUCAGUGGGUUAAAGUGGAGGAGCCUAUUCGUUUUGGAGAUGUGCAUUUGAGCUCAUACUCGAAGCUCCUGUUGGCAUCUCAGGAGCAGGUUUUGGGAUUGCUGGAUGAAGAGAAGUUGGCUCUCCAAUCCCAGCUCAGCCAGGAGAAAGAGGACCCAGAGGCUUGCUUCAUACAGAGCGCAUUACUGCAGCUACAGGAACGAGAGGAAGGGCUGCUAAAAUUUCUGUGUAAGGAUGACGCCUCUGUUGAUACAGCAGACAUGAGGAAGUUGUCUCUUUCUGAGAACUUCUCUCCAGAUGUGAUCGAGAUCAAGAAUCUCCCAAACCUCAAGCCCGUCCUUCAGUAUGCCUCAGCAUUUGAUGAUGAGAUACAGGAGGUUCAUGAGCAGUUUGAAGAGAUUCCUGCUGAAAAUGUUCCUGAGGUGGCUCAAGAGAUGCCUUCAGGACCUGUUGAGGAUAAAUCUCUGGAAGAGACCUCUCAGACUGGUCAAAAUGAAGCAGCCCCACCUCAGAACUCUCAUCAUGGCCCGUAUUACUACUUUUAUCAAGCUGAGGAUGGUCAGCAGAUGUUCCUGCACCCAGUGAAUGUACGCUGUCUGCUGAGGGAGUAUGGAAGUCUGGAGAAUAGCCCGCAGUCCAUCACCGCUACCGUAGUAGAGCUUGAUGGACAGACUGUCACUGAGGAUAUUCGUCGCCGACACCGUUACCUCUCUCACCUGCCCCUCACGUGUGAAUUCAGCCUCUGUGAACUCAACCUUCAGCCACCGAUUGUCUCCAAAGAGACCCUUGACAGCUUUUCAGAUGACUUGGAGAAACGCAAGCGUCUGAGGCAGAAGAAAGCAAGGGAUGAGAAAAGAAGGGAGAAGAGGAUUGAGAUAGAGGAGAAUAGGAAACAGGGGAAAUAUCCAGAGGUGCACAUUGGACUUGAGAAUCUCCAGCAUUUUCCUGCUUUUGGAUCUCCUCCUGAGUACAGCCCACAAGUGCAUCCCCCAGAGUUCAUGUUGGGACCACCCUCUCCUCUGAGCAGCAGCCCUUGCUCAGAUGGAGUGAUGUUCCCCAAUCUGAGUGAGCACAGUCCCACUGUGAGUGUAGCUACUAGCGUGGAGGAAGAUUAUCACUGCAUGUCCUUUGCUCAGAUGCUGAAAGAUGGGAAAGCCCGUGUGGAUGCAGGACCUAAAACUGCACCAAAGAAAGCGUGUACAGAUAUGUUUCUGGCACCUCCGGUGGGAGACAGUGAUGGAGAAAGUGACACCUCUGAUCGAGUCCCAGUACCCAGUUUCCAGAAUUCUUUCAGCCAGGCCUUUGAGGCAGCUUUGUCUCAGCUGGACCAUACAAGUCAAACUCCAGCACCUACUUUCUCUAGCCCCGAGGAGAAGGGGGGAAAGAAAAAGAAGAAAAAGCAGAAACUUCUUUUUAGCACCUCUAUGGUUCACACAAAGUAAACAGCACUGAAGCAAAUCCUUCACUCCCGUCCCUGCCUUAUUUCUGCCCGCAAUCACCUGCUUCUUACUAUUUAUUGUGUUUCUCCAUAGCAGCUUCUUAUUCAUCUUCUCCAGAGGUUCAGUGACCUGCAGGAAGUUAGUGUAAUUCAAGAGCAUCAUCAGCAGCAUUAAAAAAAAUUCAAAAAAGACAGUAUUAAAAAUCAGUCCCAACAGUUGAUGCUUAACGUCUCGUAUGGAAGGGAUGUUUAUGCUUUUAACCAGAUCAGUCCAUGUCACUUAAAUGUUUAUUAUUUAAAGACAUUAAGUAAUAUAUGACAUGAUACUCGGUGCCCAAAUUUCAUUAUUGCUAACGUGUUUGCAUGCUUGUCGAUCAUGGGUUGCAGUGACGUUUUGGGGGGUCUUGAGGUGUGGCAGUCAGCCAGCUGCAGACACAUCUUGCCACCUUAUCAGUAAGACCAAGUUUAGAUAUUAACCCCUUACUUUGACCCAAAUCUGAAUGCUUUGUAUCUUGGAUUAUAUGCUGGACUGGUGAUUAUUUACUAGCAUCUUAAAAACACAUUAAGGAUUAUUUGCAUUUGAUCUUUUUAUUGCUUACAAACACACUGUGCUGAUGAUAACACAGUAAUGCUUGUUUACAGCCUGUCAAAUGAACAGUGUAGUAAUACAUGCAUACAUGCAAGUCCUGUCAAUUGUAUCACCAUUCUGGUAUCUUCUGGAAGCUAAAUACUUAGCUGGUCUUUAAGCACUUGGCUAUGAGAACCUUCAACAAAUUCGACGUUGAUUUAGAGUUCAUAAUGUUCUGUAGUGUUCAAAUAUACGAGGGAGAAAGACAAAGGUGCUGAUUCUACUGCUUACUAUGUGUUUAAAGAUUGUGUAAAGACAAAGCUAUAUGAAAUGCUUUGAGGGUUUAAGUUUUCUCUAUUUUCUUUUUUGAAAUCUGAAAAAUCUGUGAUUUCAGUAGCGUGUUGGGAUAAAUAAAGGAAAUAUUACGCA